AUGGGAAUUACGCCAAAGGACCUGGUCCACCAUAAGCUCAAUGAGCAGAUCCAAACACUACUACGAUCCACAGAAACUACUCUCAAUUCGGAAGUGCCAGAGCGGGAACAAGCACUACUAUGUGACCCUAGCCUCUCCAAGAUUAGGGACUUGCUUGCAGACUUUGAGCUUGUCCCCAAACAACUCGAUCCAUUCCUACUGCAACACGUUGAUCUACUCAGCAGAAUAUUCUUGAAAGUGGUGCCGGGCUCGUCAAUGGCAACUCGAUGUUCCAUAUGCUUCUACCAACUCUGUAUUAUUAGGAAUUACAAGCAUGUGGUGAACUUCUUAUCCGAUGACAUCUCGCUUGGCGUCCCGCUUGUCAAAAGGAUCCAGGAUUCGAGAAUUGGGGAAUAUGAAACGUACUUUCUUUUGCUAUGGCUCUCAUCUCUAGUCAUGGUACCUUUGCCCUUGGAAGGAAUCAUGAGUGGACUCCCGAAGUUAUUGCUUGAUGUGGCAAUGGAGAAUCUAACGAAAUUUGAAAGCGCUAGCAUGACCCAGAAGAUAAGUGCUGUGUUGCUCUCGAGACUUCUAUUGCGAUCAGAUUGCAGUGACAUGCUCGUCUCCUACAUAACCUCCUGCUGUGAUUGGUGGCACGAUAGGACCAACAGUGAGAAGCUAGGUCAUCUUAUGGCAAUCAAAUUGAUACUCAAGCAGUCUUCAAACCCGACUGUUGCAAACUACACCCUGGAAAUCUAUAACAAGAUCAUUCUUACGGACUUGCUGCUGAUAAAGUACCAUAAGAACUGCCUGAUACCCAACACAAACACCUUGUACAUAAUGGGCAUUUUAUCUCGAUUAUCAAGAUUCUAUCUCCAGCAAGCUGAAUAUUCAAGCGUGUCUGCCAUUGUGAACAACUAUAUUAAUGACAUCCUAAACCCAAUGUCUGGCCGACUUGAUAUCUCACUACGAGAGUCCAUGGCCAAGUGUCUCAGCAAAAUCGUCUCCUUCUUGCAACUCAAAGCUGUCAAUUACGCAGAGCAACUCACUUGGUACUUAACUAAGCAGCUUCGCAUACCUGAGUUUGAAAGUCAGACUACCACGUACAAUCCAUACCUUACGAUUAAUUCCUCCAAUUUGUCAGUGGCCAAAUUUCACACUGCACUACUAUUCUACGGAUUUCUUGGCCUUGAUAGAGCCAUUCCAUUUAAUUUCGUGCCAGCGCUUCUAUCAGUGGCCCACAGGACACUCUUCAUAUCCUCGACUCAGUUCUCCAUCAUACAAAACUCCCAAAUCAGAGAUGCAUCGUGCUUCUUUUUAUGGGCGCUUUUUCGUUCGCUUUCUCAGGAUGACUUCCGAGAACUCAUGUCAAAUACAACUAUGAUCCAUGAUAUUUGGGCUGAUAUUCUCAGAGUGCUCAUAUGUGAUGAAGACCCAUUAAUACGGCGUUGCGCUGUGCCAGUUCUUCAAGAGUUUAUUGGUCGCUUCGGUCCUUUAUUGGCACAAAUUACAAGGGGUAAAGAUUCCAGACGUUUGGUAGAACAGACUGCUUCCCUUGUUGAUACAGAGAGGGCUUUGAGUGGGAGUGAAUUUGUUAACUAUGGCUAUCCGGCUCUGAUUUUGAUACCGACAAUCAUGGAUGUGCUUACUUCUUCCAAUGUCCGCUUUGCAUACUAUAAUCGCUGCUCCCAACUUCUUUUGGAACUUUUGAGUGCUCGAAGUACUCUCGAAGUUGCCUUUGAAACUUCGAUGACUGAUGUUGAUUAUCAAGAGGCACUUCUUAAAGCUUUUGAAAACGGAAAUUCUCUUGCUCUCUUACCUUUGGGGGGUCUUUUGAGAUGCAAUGGGGCAGUUGAAAAGAUCCGGCUGCGGGUUCAGCCUGAUUUGGCCCUGGUGUUACUGCAUCACGCUGAGUUCGUUCAUAGGGUAAGCUACUUCUAUUGGUACAGCUCAUGCAUCACUAGCCAAAACGAUUAUUGUGACGCAGAGAACGCAUUUUGGGCGUUAUAUCUACCUGUGAUAGCCAACGAGACGGCGACGAAAGGUGAAAUCAAGGAUGUGGUUAUUUUAAGUUUGGAGGCUACUGAACUUCUACAGGUGCCCACCGAGAUCUUUGAGGACAUUUGCAAAAGGUUGAAGUUUGGAAACCUUCAAAUUGCUAGUAUGCUUCCUUGGUGUGCUUUCAAUGUGUCUCAAAAGGAGCACAUCCUUCAGAUGAUCUCCGACAAGAGCGUCGAUGCAGAGACAAGAGCAGCUUUGAUUGAAAAUUGCAGUGACCUGACUGUCACAAGCAGUUUUAAACUCCCUUGGCAAACGUUAUUAGACGACUACACACUUACGAACAAGGGUGAUGUUGGUCUGAAGGUCAGAUUAGCAUGUCUUAAACACCAACUAGAGAAACCUAGUCUCGAGCUGAAAGACAUUGGUUACAGAUCAAAGCUCGUUCGUCUCGCAGCUGAGUCAAUGGAUAAUGUGCGUAUACUGGCCUAUGCCCUUCUAACUGGUGAAGAUAUUCUGACCUUGAGAAGUAUCACCUACGAUGAAUAUUUCAGCAGGCUAUUUAGCGCUUACAGUAAGCUAGAGGAAGAGCUCAGAGCCCCUUUUUGGGAAGGUUUGGUUCACUCUGUUGCUGGUCUUAAGAUUUCCAAAGCUUUAGUGAACCUGGCAUUCAGGCGAUGCCUCGUGUGGUUUGAUGGAGUCCUGGCUUCGAUUAAGGAAGAGGCUCUAUCAAUUUUACUUCGCCAACUCAAGCUUCCCAAGCCAUUUGCGCAAUUGGAUCAUCGACAUCAAAAAAAGCUUCUUGCCACGCUUAACUUGUUUGUCAAGCUUUUUGAGGCAGCUGUCGAGUUACCACAAUUCAAUCACAGUGCCCUCUUUGUGAGGACGUAUAAUCUCCAGCUUAAUGCUCCUGUAACGAGGUCGGCCUUGGCUCUACAGAUAUUCCACCAUUUGAGUGUCAUACCAUCAGAAGUCACGCAAAAGGCACGCCAAAGAGUGUGCCAGUUAUCUUUCCAAGCUUCAAACCCACAGAUUCGUCGCUUGGCGGGAGACAACUUAUUUGAAAUAAUCAACGACUUGGCACCCUCCAAAUUGAGCCUUCUUGAGUACACUGAUGGAUAUUACAAACCUACGCAAACCAAUUGCAAGAUAUUAGAGAGCCAGCUCUCGUGUAUUUAA